UUUCGUAUCACAUCAAUUCACUCCCUACAUUCUAACUCUAUACGUUUCUGACGAACUAUUUGGUAGCAUGAGAACUGUAUGCGGAGAUUUCACCAGAUUUUUCAAACAACAAUCCACAAUGCGCGACCACUAAGCCUUCCUAAGCUCCGCAGCUUCGAGAACCGAUCUCGACCUAGAUACACAAUGAUGGCAACGGCGAAGCCAAAGACGGAACCUGAGUCAGCCCCGGUGACAAAUGCGGCGCCCGUAGAUAUCACGGCUCCACCAGCAGAUGGGCAGACUGUCCAACAUGGGGACAAGACGUACACUACGGUCCAAGAAGGUCUGGCAUACAUCUUGAUCCCGCCAGACACGCCACGUCUGCUAGACCCAAAGACUCACGCCAAUGAGCCGUCCCAGUCUGUCUUUUAUAAUCCCAUACAACAAUAUAACAGAGAUCUUACCGUACUGGCCAUUCGUGCAUUCGGAGAGGACCUUCUCGUUAGGCAGGCGUGGAAGAGCAAAAAGAGAAGAGGGAAGCGAGGUGGUCAAUCUAGCAAGGAUGGAAAAAAGGAGAACGACACAACUGCUGGGGACAAUGCGGUUUCUAGUGCAGACGCCGUGGUGGAGAAUACAGAAGAGUCUCUGAGCAUGAAAUCAGCGCAAACGGCAGAGUCGACUAAACGGAAGUUGGACGAUAAUUCACAAGGAGACGUUGAGAGAAAGAAGCAGAAACUGACAUCAGAGGCUGCGGAGUUUGAGGACGGAGGUAUCAAUGACGAUGAUUUGCUAGCAGUCGAAAGCUCAAUGGCGGAAAAUAUGGCUUUCUCAACCUCUCGUGAGACGGAAGGCGUGGAGAAGAAGACGGCCGAUGGGUCGACGGAUGUUUCUCAAGCGCCUGUUGAGGAUCAGGAUACUCGGACACAAUUUCGCAUACUUGAUGCCUUGUCGGCAACAGGUCUGAGAGCACUCAGAUACGCAAAGGAACUGCCCUUCAACACCCUGACCACAGCCAACGAUAUCUCUAGACACGCAGUGGAAGCGAUCAAACUGAACGUAAAACAUAACCGGCUUGAGAAGAAGAUCAAAACAUCAGUUGGCAAUGCAAAUGCUCAUAUGUACAGCUUCGUCGCCCAAGAAGGUGUGGGCGGACCGGGCUCAAAAUAUCACGUUAUUGACCUUGAUCCAUAUGGCACUGCGGUGCCUUUCCUGGAUGCGGCAGUGCAGGCUGUAAGCGACAAUGGAAUGCUCUGCGUAACUUGCACAGAUACUGGUGUCUUCAACUCCGUGGGCUACGCCGAAAAGGCAUUCGCCCUUUACGGAGGCAUUCCUGCAAGAGGCGAUUACUGCCAUGAAGCGGGCUUGCGCCUGAUACUGCACUCCAUCGCCGCUACUGCUGCAAAAUACGGAAUAGCCAUCGAGCCUCUUGUCUCCCUAUCCAUAGAUUACUAUGCCCGCGUUUUCGUCAGAGUAAAAAAAUCUCCCGCAGAUGUAAAGUUCCUUGCCAGCAAAACCAUGCUUGUCUACGCUUGCGACCACGGCUGCGGCUCAUGGACCCCUCAAUUCAUAAUGCGCAGCACGGAGCAGCAGGGAAAGAAAGGUGCAGUAUACUACAAGUAUACUGUUGCGCAGGGCCCGACGUCAGAUCGACUGUGCGAGUGCUGUGGGAGCAAAAUGCAUAUUGUAGGACCUAUGUGGGGUGGCCCACUGCAUAACCCAAGUUUUAUCCAAAAAAUAUUGGAUAUGAUACCGAAUUUGGAUGCGGACGUGUACAAGACAUUACCGCGGAUCGAAGGCAUGUUGAGCGUGGCUCAGGAGGAGCUCGCUAUUCAGGAGCUGGCUAAGCUGACGGUGCCAAAUGAAGUACCAAAACAACAGAGAUCCGAAAAGAGAGGACAGGACGAAGAAAGUUCCAAUGGCAAAGACAAUGCACAAGCACAGGACACUCUAGACUCUCAGAAGCAUCUUUUCGAAUCUCUUAACACCUCAGUCGUUGAUCGGCAUCCCUUCUACGUUGUCCCCUCCGCUUUGUCCCGUGUGCUGCACUGCCAAGCGCCAUCGGAUGCAGAGUUUCGGGGGGCACUCAAAAGCCUUGGCUAUCAAGCCGUAAGAAGCCACGCGCUUCCUGGCACGAUCAAGACAGAUGCUCCCUGGGAAGCCAUUUGGGAUAUUAUGAUUGCAUGGACGAAGUUGAAACCGAUUCGAGAAGGGGCUUUAAAAGAAGGCAUGGCAGGAUAUCAGAUCAUGAAACGAGGCGAAGAAAGGGAGAAGGCCAGUCUCGAUGCGGAGAAAGAAAGGUCGGAGUCGGAAAAUGAUUCAUCUGUUGUGGGUGCCAUUGUGAACAAAGAGGCAGCUCCUCGUGACUCAGAUUCGAAGGACGUUAUCUCGGCUUCCCGCGGACGGAAGAUUGUGUUCGACGAGAAGUUGGGGAGAGAGCCAGUGAAGAGUAAGAGGAUGGUACGGUAUCAGCUCAAUCCCCGAGCAAAUUGGGGUCCGAUGGCAAGAGCAAAGUAGGUAUACAGGACCAUUCGGACCAUCUAGAUGACCUUCGUCCGGGCAACAUCUAUUUAGUAGUACACAAUUCUGCCGGUCGAGAGUCAGGCCCUGAUGUGGAUGUUCGGAUACAUAAGGCAAUUCCGAAUGAAGGAGUGGCGGGCAAAAUGACAAUCUCCCAUUCACAGGCAAGAAAGCUGGCGCCAGACCAUAUAUGAGCAAAUAAAACAGUUGACGCUAUAGUAACACGUGAUUUGUGUAACUCUUCUCAACUUCAGCCUUCAAUGUCA